UCUCACUGACGCAGCAAUACAUAUACAUACAAAUCCUUCCCACUGCGCAUACUCAAAUUUAUCAAGAAUCUUUUCACAGACUACAUAUAACGCAUCUCCUCCCAUCAAUACAAACUUCCAGUUCUUCUCGAAAUCUCCCAUCAUUCAACUCUUUUUCUCCAAGAUCGGACGGCUAAGGAUCCCUCUUUCCUUUUCUUUCAGUCUCACCACUAGGGCUCAAUCACUCUUUCCUUACUCAUCUCUUCUCGUUAUGCUGAUCAAGGUAAGCUAAAAACACAACAUUUUUAUGGAGUCUAAUGGUCUUAAGAGUGGAAGGAGAAAAGACUAUAUUGCCCAUCAAAGUCAUGAAGUGAGCACAUCCAUUUCUGAUGAAGAACUUGAUCCAUGGACAGCUUGGGCUUACAAACCUCGAACAAUUACACUUUUAUUCAUAGGCUCAUGUUUUCUGAUUUGGGCUAGUGGAGUUGUUGAUCCGGAAAGCAAUCCAUCAGAUGAUAUUGUAACAUCUGUCAAAAGGGGCAUAUGGGCAAUGAUUGCAGUUUUUCUAGCUUACUGUUUGCUUCAAGCUCCUUCAACGUUAUUAAUUAGGCCACAUCCUGCAAUUUGGCGUCUAGUUCAUGGCAUGGCUGUUAUUUACCUUGUAGCAUUAACAUUUUUGCUUUUUCAGAAUCGUGAUGAUGCUAGGCAAUUCAUGAAGUAUCUCCAUCCUGAUCUUGGUGUUGAACUUCCGGAAAGAUCAUAUGGUGCUGAUUGUCGAAUAUAUGUACCCAAUAAUCCAACUAACAGGUUUAUAAAUGUUUAUGAAACACUUUUUGAUGAAUUUGUUCCUGCUCAUUUAUUCGGGUGGUGGGCGAAGGCAAUAAUGAUCCGUAAUCAACCACUUUUAUGGGUAUUAUCAAUCGGAUUUGAGUUAAUGGAGCUAACAUUUCGCCAUAUGUUGCCGAAUUUUAAUGAGUGUUGGUGGGACAGCAUUGUUCUUGAUAUAUUGAUUUGCAAUUGGCUAGGUAUUUGGGCAGGGAUGCAUACGGUUCGUUAUUUUGAUGGUAAAACAUACGAGUGGGUAGGAAUAAGCCGUCAACCAAAUAUUUUGGGCAAAGUAAAACGAACAUUAGGUCAAUUUACUCCAGCAAAUUGGGACAAAGACGAAUGGCAUCCGUUUCUUGAUCCGUGGCGAUUCAUUCAAGUUUUAACCCUUUGCAUUGUGUUUUUAACCGUAGAACUCAACACUUUUUUCCUCAAAUUUUGCCUGUGGGUCCCACCUCGAAACCCCAUUAUUGUUUAUCGAUUGUUACUUUGGUGGCUUAUUGCAAUUCCUACAGUUCGGGAGUAUAAUUCUUACCUACAAGACCGAAAACCUGUGAAAAAGGUUGGAGCUUUUUGUUGGCUUUCGCUUGCAAUUUGCAUCAUUGAACUACUUAUUUGCAUCAAAUUUGGGCAUGGUCUUUUUCCUACUCCAAUGCCUAGAUGGCUUGUAAUUUUAUGGUCAUCUGUUGGUGUUGGACUUCUUGCGUUCUUGAUGAUGUGGACAUGGCGAUUUCAUCCAAGUUUAAGCAAAAAACAAAAACGGCUUUGAAUUUGUUUGCCGCCUGUUUUUUUGUGGUGAAAAAUGGGUCGUUUUAUUGAAUGUCAACAUACAUGUUGUAAAUUUUAUUCAUUUCAUAACUGUAAAUUCUCAUUAUUUCAGCCAAGAUUUUUCAUAUUAAUUGGGGUUUAUAUUUUAUUAACUGAAAGGUAUCGAUUGUCA